AGGAAAAACAAUUCUAAGCUUUCCUGUUCCGAAGUUCAAAGUUCGAAGUCAAUUCGGAAAUCAUAGCCUCACGGAUUCAAGCUUCGAAGUCCCCGAAGACUAAUCAAAGACCCGGAGGAAAACGAGGAAUUAAGAAUUGAAGAAAUUCUCAUAUCUUUUUGAAGUUUCAACUCUCAUGCCGUCCAUGGAUUUCGCAGUUUUUUCAUCCAAGUGAGUGUUUGAUACGUUCCUAUCGUGCUCGGUCCAAUUCGCCGCGUUAACCCUUGGGACAAGAUAAGCUCGCAAUUAGUGCCCAUCGUCUUACUAUUUGGGGAAUGGUAUAAAAGAAACAUGUUCACGAAGAUAUGCCAUGAGAUCUCUCUCCUAUUUUUCUGUCAGUAAUUGGGAAAAUACCUUCAAUUCGUUAAUUAGGAGAACUCGCGGUGCAAGGGCAUUUUAAUAUGAGUAGCAAUGGCCAAUCUUCCCGUAACAAUCAAAACAUCAGAGACUUAAUCUGCAACGCUGGUGCUGGCGCCUCAGCUGGGGCAAUAGCGGCUACAUUUGUGUGCCCAUUGGAUGUCAUCAAGACUAGGCUACAAGUUCAUGGUCUUCCCCCUGAGCAGAAGGGUAGUGUUAUUAUCACAAGUUUGCGGAAUAUAGCAAGGACUGAAGGUUUCAGGGGACUGUACCGUGGCCUUUCACCAACAAUAUUAGCAUUACUUCCAAACUGGGCGGUUUACUUCACAGUUUAUGAGCAACUAAAAGGCUUGCUUCGUUCACAUGAUGGUUGCCACCAACUCACAACUGGUGAAAAUAUGAUAGCUGCUGCUGGUGCUGGAGCCGCCACAGCAUUUUCAACAAACCCAUUGUGGGUUGUUAAGACCAGACUCCAAACGCAGGGAAUGAGGCCAGAUGUUGUUCCUUACAAAAGUGUUUUUUCUGCUCUGACAAGGAUUACCCGUGAGGAAGGCAUACGAGGACUGUACAGCGGCAUCUUGCCGUCACUGGCAGGCAUAAGUCAUGUUGCAAUACAAUUCCCAUCAUAUGAAAAGAUCAAGUCAUACAUGGCGAAGAAGGAGAACACUACAGUCGACAAGCUAAGUCCGGGAAAUGUUGCCAUUGCAUCUUCAAUUUCCAAAGUAACUGCCUCUGUAAUGACUUAUCCUCAUGAGGUGAUACGAUCCAGGCUACAGGAGCAAGGACAUGCCAAAAAUACCAAGUUCCGUUAUGCAGGGGUUGUUGAUUGUACUAAGAAGGUGUUCUACAAGGAAGGCUUUCCCGGCUUUUAUCGCGGUUGUGCUACCAAUCUAUUAAGGACAACUCCAUCGGCUGUCAUUACAUUCACCAGUUAUGAGAUGAUAUACAGGUUCUUCCAUCGUUUUGUGCCUCAGGACAAUGUGUAUCCACAAGGCUAUCCUAAAUCUAAUGAUCUUAACAAGCCCAAGCCAGAAGACGGUGAUAUGAAGUUUAAAAAAGGCCCUAUGGUAUGAUUCUAGCUGCUAAGUAUGGGGACUGGGGUCCAUCUCUAACCUCAUGGGGGAAGCUUGGGCUUAAGUGGAAUCUGCCAUGGCUGAGAUCAUGGCCACGUCAAAGUCUUGUGCCUUCAAUGGGGGACUCAAGUUUCAUGGCUACAACUAUACCCAGAAUGGCGGUAAUCACCAUCUCAAUCUGAUCAGUUCUGGGAAAUAAAAAACCGGCUAACUUGAUGUUGAUACUGGAAGUUAUCUGUCACCUCUCUCUCUCUCUCUGGGCUUGUAAGUGUAACUUAGUGGCUUGAUUUUUCUUUUCUAUGAUACAAAUUCUUUGAUUUAACAUAAAUGGUGAAGUAUGUUUAGCAUUACCCCCACGAAAGAUGAACGGGGUUUUGUGAGGCGAGUAUAGGGAAAUUUUCUUGAGUAGAAUAAAGUCAUAUAUUCUGUAACCGAUGAGAUUUCUAUUUAUGUCCUCUUUAUGUUGCAAAGUGGAAAACAAUUUUGGUUCCUUUCUUUAGUGUUCCUUUGUAUGACAAAUGUAUUAGAUGGAACUGCUUUAAUA